AUGUCUACCAUGCCUGCUACCCACGGCCAUAACGAGGCCUGCUGUAAUAUCCCACCCGUCAUUACGUCGGGAUAUGUUCCCAAGGGCUCAUAUGAAGAGCUCGGAGGCCUGAAAACAUACGUCACUGGAGCUUCUGACGCAACCAAGGGCAUUGUCGCCGUGUUUGAUAUUUUUGGAUAUGUCGACCAGACCGUUCAAGGAGCCGACAUCCUCGGAGCCAGUAGCGGUAACAAAUACAAAGUGUUCAUGCCUGACUGGUUCAAAGGAAAUCCAUGUCCCACUGAGUGGUACCCUCCAGACACUGAGCAGAAGCAGAAAGACCUUGGUGCCUGGUUUGGGAAUAAUGCUCCUCAUGGAGUUGCUGACGCGCUGCCGGGCUACGUUGAGGCCCUCAAGGCUGCGAACCCAUCUAUCCAAUCUUGGGCUCUCAUCGGUUACUGCUGGGGAGGCAAGGUCACCGAACUUGUGACUUCUCGUGAUUCUAACCCAUUCUCCAUUGCUGCUGGUAUCCAUCCGGCAAUGGUAGACACCACUGGCGCAGACAAAAUUCGAGUGCCGUAUAUGCUCCUUGCAUCCCAGGAAGAGCCAGCGGAUGUUAUCAAGGAGUUUGAGAGCAAACUGAAUGUUCCACAUCAUGUUGAGACCUUUGGUGACCAGGUUCAUGGCUGGAUGGCGGCGCGAGCUGACCUUGCCGAUCCCAGGUCGAAGGAGGAGUAUAUUCGUGGCUACAAGACCGUUCUUCGCUUCUUCAACCAACAUUGGUAA